AUGAGCAAUGAACCAGUCAUUCUUACUGUUGAAACAGUCCAAAAGAAGCUGAAAAAGUAUAUAGCCCUCAAAGAGCCAGCAAAAGUGAAAGAAUAUCUUCGAAAACUGUACCACACAUCUGUUACAUCUUCAUUAAUACAAGAAACGAGAAUUGAUAGUCUUCUUCGACGACUUGCAUCGCAUAAAACAGCCAACUAUAGCUCAUCAGCAAGAAGAAUACUAAAGAAAUGGCAUCAUAAACGAUUGCUACCUCCGAAAUCAACGAUUAACACAAAUACUACAGCCAACGAAAAGAGACUCGAAGAAUCAAGUGAAUCUCCAACAUCUGAUGAUACUAAGAAACGUAAAGUUCUUUCUCUCGCUCAAUACUUAGAAACUAAAAAGCAUGUCUCACGGUCGACCAAAUCAUCAUCAUCGUUAUCACUCACAACAACGACAGCAUUUCUGAAUGAGACUAGACAAAAUAAACUAACUGAUACUCAGAUUGAAAUCAUCAAUGCACAAUUUAAAGCCACAACCGAAAAACUAACCGCUAGUGUUCCUGAUCUGGCCAAGAUUGUCAACAAAACUCUGAUCGAAACCGAGAAACGAAUCGACAAUCGACUUGAUUCCAUUGCCAAACGAACAAAUAUUGAACAACCUAAACCAAAAGUGAAUGAUCUUUGGGCUGAAGAAGAUGAUGAUGAUGACGACGAUGACGAUGAUGAUGUCAGUGUACGAUCAGAAAUAUUUGAGUCAAAAACAGUGAAUAGUAAUGAUAGUUUUCAUAUUCAAAAAGUGCGAUAG